GUUUGGGCUGAGCCCCCCCACAGGUCUUCCCGCCGGGCCGAGCGGCGACGAACGCGAGCGUCCCGCUAAUCCCGAGAAGGGGGGAGACGCGGCCUGCUUUCGUAGCGGGCUUUCCGGUGCGUCUGAGGCGGCCAGCGCUGUCACCGGAGCCCGGGGCUUCCGCUGGGUGGUUUCUGUUCACACGCACAGAAGCGGCGGAGCUUUGACGUUAUUUUUGUUUUCCUACCUGAAACCUUCCCGCCGCUCAUUUGUAUUCUUAUCGGCGAGCUGCUUUCCGCGUUUCUCUGCCGAAAAGAUUAUUUUAAAGCCGCCGCGGCCUGUGUUGUUUGCCCGGUGCCGCAGACGCGAAAACCCUCCGCGGGACAAUAACAACAACAACAGUCACAAACGAGCCCGAUGGGGCCGCUGUGCCCGGCCGUGACGGGACUAACGGAAGCCUCGGUGCGGGGAGGCUAUACCUGCGCCGUGUGACACCGACCUGAGACCCCGGGACGAGCGAUGGCUGCGGACUACGGAAGUAUCGCCGGGGAGACCCCUGCUACCCGGACCUCUCCGUCCCCAACGCCGCUGCGUCGAUGCUGCUAGCUGGGCAGCCACCCGGUGAGGAUUGCAUGGAACCGAGCCGAACCGACACGGAGGUACCGACGGACGGAUUGGAUGAGUAACCCCGACAGCACCAGGCGUAAGCUGCUUGACAUGUUGGCUCUACCGACCCGGGACCGACGCCGUUACACCUCCAUGUGUCUCCAUUGAGAAAAACACUGAUUUAGCGCCCAGUGGUGGUGGUGUUGUUUUUUUUUAACGUAAUUAGUACACCGUAACCGGACCGGAAACCCCCGAAUUUGGAGCCCCCGGUACAUGCAGCGGAGAUGAACCCGGUGAAUGCGACCUCUCUCUACGUGUCCGCGAGCCGCUCGGUGCUGCAGUGCGACCCCCGGGACCCCCGGGCCCUCGCGGAGCUCUGCAAGCUGCUGCCGUUUUUCCGCCAGUCCGUGUCCUGCCUGGUCUGCGGUAACCUGCUGCGGGACCCUAUCGCCCCCACCGACUCGUCAUGCCAGCACUACGUGUGUCGGGGCUGUAAGGGUCAGAGGAUGCAGCUGAAGCCGUCCUGCAGUUGGUGCAAGGACUAUUCUCGCUUCGAGGAGAACCGGCAGCUCUCCCUGCUGGUCCACUGCUACAGGAAGCUGUGCCUCUACAUCACCCAGUCGCCGCUCGCCCCGCACAUAGCCAGCGCCGCCGGCGACUCGCCGGAGCUCCGGGCCGUCCUCAACGAGGGCCUCUCGUUGGCCGAGAGCGAGCCGGAGGCCGAGGACGCCGCGGCCCCGGACUCGGCCCCCGGCUCGGAGGCGCUCCGCCCCGACGCAGCUCCUCCGCCCGCCAAGGACCUGAAGGCGGCGCAGCCGAGCCCCGUCGGCGUGAACGGGCUGCACGGCUGUAACGGGCUGGACGCUCUGCAGCGCGUCGCCGUGGAGACGGGCGGGGGCGUGGCCGAGCAGGAGAGCUUUUCGGAGGAGAUCCCGCUGUGUGUGAGCGUCCGGGGGGCGGGGCUUUGUGACGUCGCUUCUUUCGGGGACGACUUGAAACACGGCGGGGGGCCGUUGUUGUUGAGCGUGGAGGAGGUGCUCCGGACUCUGGAGACGGGCGCCGACCCCGAUCCGACCCCCCAGCCCAACGGACCUCACUGUCCCCCUGACUCCCCCCGCCUCUUCGCCUCCCUCCCCCGAGGGAACAGCCCUCGCCCCCUCCAGCCUCACCCGCAGCCCUCGCCGCAACCCCCCCCUCAGCCCUCCACGGUCGUCCCCCACGCCCCCCCUCGCUACCACCGCAAGCGCUCCCGCUCCGAAAGCGACAGUGAGAAGCUGCAGCCCCUCCCCAUCUCCACCCUCCUGCGGGGGCCUCCCCUUGGUGCCAACAGCUCCCCCCACCACCCGAACCCGGGUGCCACCACCGAGCAGGAGCCCAAGUUCCCCGCCGCCACGCCCCACCCCCACCCGCCCCCGGUGCCCAACGGGGGGCCCCCCAAGGUGGGCAAGACCGUGCUAGUCUCCAACAAGGCGCUGAAGAAGACAGUGGAGCACCACGGGGCCCCCAAGAAGGCCUACACCAAGGCCCGGCAGGGGACCCCCAAGCCCCGCACGCAGCCCCGAGACCGGAUGCCCCCCCACGCACACGCCCACCCGCUGAUGCACCCGCCCAGCCCCUCGAAGCCACUGUACAAAAAGCCCGUGGAGAAGAAGGGCUGCAAGUGUGGGCGGGCCACGCAGAACCCGUCGGUGUUGACCUGCAGGGGGCAGCGCUGCCCCUGCUACUCCAACCGCAAGGCGUGUCUGGACUGCAUCUGCCGCGGCUGCCAGAAUUCCUACAUGGCCAACGGCGAGAAGAAGCUGGAGGCCUUCGCCGUGCCGGAGAAGGCUCUGGAACAGACCCGCCUCACGCUGGGCAUCAACCUCACCAGUAUCGCCGCCGCGGCCCUCCGUAACCCGGCCGCCAGCCCCCCCGGCAGCGCCCUGCUCAACGUCACCACGGCGACGGGGGCGCCUGUCACGGCCGCCUUCCUGUCGGGGGCGGGGCACGACAGCAGGGGCUUCGACGACUCGCUGGAGAUGCGGUUCGACUGCUGAGGUCCCGCCCCCUGGUCACUGAGAGGUCAUCAGAAACAGAGGAGGAGCUGUUGGGUCACUGUACGUUUGUGGGGGGGGUUCUGUAGUCUCAUGUUGUGUAGCUAGUGUGUGUGUGUGUGUGUGUGUGAGAGCAUGAGUGUGUGUGUGUGUGAGUGUGUGAGAAGGGAAGAGUUGGGUUUGCAGGAGCAGAGACACCUUCAUCCUCCUCAUCAUCAAAGACUGGUGUAAUUUAUAUGAAAAUAACUUUUUGUACACGCACUUAUCGGAGGACAUUUGAUUCUAUAUUUUAUAAGUUACAUUAAUCAGCCCACGGAGGACACAGGGGGGAGGGGGAGAGGGGGGGGGGGGGGGGUCACCUGCAUUCAGCCAGAAGGUCGAUCGCUGAACGAUGAUCAGCCUGAUGAGGAUUUAACGAUCUAAUUUACCUGUUUAAUCACGGGUGUGUUCGCCCCCCCCCCCCCCCCCCCGGUUCAUGGAAGCUACACACAUGCUAAUCGCUCCCUGUCUUUUGUUGUAUUGUCGUUGUUUUUCAUUAACAUUUGUAGUAUUUAUUGGUCGCCUACGACGCAGGAUGUUUUAUUUUUUGUGUCGAUCUGAUUCGUUUCCUUCUUCGUGUUUCAGUCUCAAACGUUUAUUUUAUUGUGUUCUCUCUCGGGGCAUUUCAAUACCUGUAAGAUAACUGUAACAUAUUUCCACAAAUAAGAAAAAAAAUCAACUUAA